AGUGCUUGGAUUGGUGUUCGCACGUGCUGUGCAGUUGUGUUUUGUUUUCUUAUUGUUUGUGAUGGUGAUUCUGUGUAGUUGACGAAUAUGGCUGACGAAACAUUAUCCCGGACCAUGGGUUCCGUGGUCCUGCAAGUUGGUGCCCUGGAACUGCUAGCUCGAUACUCGAUGAAUUCUGGAAGGGCCACCAGUCUGCUGUCAUCUCUACACGAGUUCAGAGUACAAGAGGUCGAAGUCGCUGGUGGGCAGCAAUGGAACUGGAAGUAUUUAAGGGAUCAAUUCGACCAGAAAGAUUUGGAAGGGUUGUACAGAAAAUAUGAUGACAAAUUAAGAGAAACACUUAUAUUUAUUUAUAUAACGUUAUUAGUGUUCUUUGCUACUAUCCACGUGGUGUUAGUCAUCACCAGCACUUUUUUAGAGGAAGUGCAAUCAGUGUCAACUUAUUUAACCAUGGGUAUGUACGUUUUGAGAGUAGCAAUACCCGUCUUAAUACUGUGGAAGCCUUUGUACAAACCCCUCAAAAAGAAGUGGUUUUGGAUGCCAAUCCUUGUCACAUUUGUCAUCACCUUGGACCUUGUUUUUACAGAUGUGGCUGUUAGCAUCUUUAGUUCCUACGAAGGCUUUGCUCUACGGCCUGCUUACGCGACUAUGGCUCUCCUUUCUACCUAUAUCUUCCUUCCCAUGAGAAACAAUUUUCUAGUCAUACUCCUUGGUAUCCUAGUCAGUACUAUCUACGUCCUUGUCUACGCUUUCUUCACUUACUAUCAGGAUCCUCAACUUGGUGUUGUGGUAGCAUCAGAUAUAAUUUAUUUGAUUGGUGUGAAUCUAAUGGGCGUAUAUUUUAGACUAAUGAAUGAAAUUGUGACGAGACGAUCCUUCUUAGAUAGAAGGGCUUGUGUUGAAAGUACUCUGAGAUUGAAAUUUGUUAAAGAUCAAGAGGAACGUCUGAUGACAAGCAUCUUGCCUGAGCAUAUAGUGUCAAAAGUUCGUCACGAUAUUAGAAAUAUGUUUCUGGGCUUAGACACGCAACCCUUAAGUCAAAGCAUGAAACCGUUUAACCAGCUCUAUGUGGAAGAGCACGAUAAUGUGAGCAUAUUGUAUGCGGAUGUUGUGAAUUACACGAUGAUAUCAACCACUUUGUCUCCAAUGAGGAUGGUGGAACUACUUAAUGAGCUGUUCGGAAGAUUUGAUGAGGCUUCUGAGGAACAUGACGUAUUAAGAAUCAAGUUUUUGGGCGACUGCUACUACUGUGUCAGCGGUAUCCCAAAACCAACGCAACAACACGCUAAGAACUGCGUCGAUCUUGGUCUUGAGAUGAUCCAUAUUAUUAAGGACGUCAGAGAAAAACGAUCGUUGAACAUUGACAUGCGGAUAGGCGUGCAUUCCGGGAAAAUCCUCAGCGGAUUGAUCGGUAUCAGAAAAUGGCAAUAUGACAUUUGGUCCAAAGAUGUUACGAUAGCCAACAAAAUGGAAUCGACUGGCAAAGCCGGGAAAGUCCACGUUACCAAACAAACUCUAGAAUUGCUUCUUGAUUAUGCUAGAGAGUAUAUCAUUGAGCCAAACUUCGAAUCUCAACACAACGAGUUUAUUAUGAAGAAUAAACUGGAAACUUAUCUACUGUCUAGGCCUUCAAGAAAUAUAGAAUACAAACCUUUUCGUAGAGCGUCUGUGGGCUUCAAUAAAAUAAUAAAAGCGAACACAUCGUCUAGACGAUCGGAAAAUAGACAGUCUAAUAAUUUUCGGAGAACUACUACGUUUAUGGACGAAAAUCUGGUGGAAUACCAACAAAUGCUGAAAGCUGCAGACGCGCAGAUGGCCAAGGAAAUUGAGGAUAUGACUAAUGGCAAGGAACAUUUCCGAAACGAAUCCAAACUGAACAGGGUUACGUUGAUGUACCGAAACUCUCAAAUGGAGAAAUCUUUCUUGUUGCUACCUGACCCGUUAUUCAAGUAUUAUAUCACUUGUUGCCUCAUCAUCCUGAGUCUCAUGUUACUAAUUAAUGGCCUUACAACUAAUUGGUUUUUAGGUUUUCAAUGGUACGCUUGGGUUUUAUUGGGUGGACUUCUAGCAGUGCUUAUCCUUUUGCAACCUUGCACUUGGUUUCAAUUCCUCUGGACCAAAUACAAAGGCUUGGAAGAACCUCGAAAUCCACUUCUGAGAAAGACAUACGACAUAUCCGCUGAAGUUAUGAAAUCAGCGAAGAUUAGGACGGCGAUUUACUUAUUAAUUAGCAUUGCCCUUGCUAUAACCUCUGUGGUGAAUGUUGUCAGCUGUAGAGAAGUGGAAGUGCCUUCAUCUGAAUCUGUUGUUCUUUCGAACUGCAUAUCGCCGUGGCAUGUUUCUCAGUGUUGGGGCUUAGCGUUGCUCCUCAAUUUUUUGUUCAGCCGUGUCUUUUUUAUAUUUAAAUGGAUCGUGGCAGGCGGCAUGACAGUUUUCUACCUGUGGAUUUUAUGGGAACUGAAAAGUUCGUGGUUCGCUGAGGAUGUUUCGUGGAAUGUUGGAUUAGAUCCAAGACUAUCACACACUUUAGCAGUUGUAGUCAUAACUGUAACUUUAUAUUGGAUCGAUAGAACAACAGAGUACAGGAAUAGGUUGGACAAUUUGUGGCAACUGCAAUUGAGUGAUGAACAAAAAGAGGCUGAGACUAUGCUGAAAGUUAAUAAUAUGCUUUUGGAAAAUAUACUCCCUGCUCAUGUGGUACAAGUAUACUUAAACUUGAAUCGAUCCAUCGAUGAACUGUAUUACGAGAAGUAUGACAACGUGGCUGUAAUGUUUGCGUCCCUAACUGAAUAUAAACUGGGGAUCGAAGGUGAUGCUGACAUGAGUGACAAAUUGCUUUUGAGCAUUCUGGAUGAAAUCAUAUCAGAUUUUGAUAGACUAUUGCUAACCGGGACAUCAGAACAUAAAGUGGAAAAGAUAAAAAUGGCUGGUUGGACUUACAUGGCCGCUUGUGGCUUAGACCCAAAUAGACGGGAGUCUUUGGACUCCAUGUACCCAAAAACGGAGUAUAAUAGCCCUUAUAACAAGGCGGUGGUAUUAACAAUGGUGGAAUUUGCUGCGGCGAUGAUGAUGCAGCUACAAACCUUUAACAGAGGCUCCUUUCAAAGCUUUGAAGGAUUAAAUUUGCGAAUAGGUAUUUCUAAUGGAGAAGUGGCGGCUGGUGUAGUGGGAUCUCAAAAGCCGUUGUAUGACAUUUGGGGGCAUGCCGUUAACAUGGCAUCAAGAAUGGAUUCUACAGGCGAAUCUGGUAAAAUUCAGGUGACAGAGAAUACAGCAAUAAUCUUGGACGAAUGCGACAUCCUCACAACAUGCCGAGGCGAAACCUUCGUCAAAGGGGCUGGAUACAUCAAAACCUACUUGGUCCCUCUCGAUGAAAGAUUCAACCUUAUCAGAAAGGAAAACAGCAUGGAGUUCUACAAAACGGAGGAGAGAUACCAAGCAAACAACAUAAGACCUAGUACAUACAGCGAUAUCUCAUUCGACAGGGAAAGCUUCAAUAGUUUUGGGUACAGAUAUGAUAUUAGGAAAAUGUCAAUGAAUAGUGAGGAUACUGAAAGUAGCUUUAAUGUAGAUGACAAUAGGAGUGUUACACCUGAAGAUGAUGGGAGUAGUUUAUCGUCUGAAAUAAAAGACACUCGUUGCUGACAAUAAUUUAAUUAGUAUAGUUAAGUAAGAUUUUAGUAUUAGGUAGCAUAGUCAAAUAUAUAGAACUGAAAAACCAUUACGGCACCAAAAAUUUUAAAAUACAUGAGAACGACAUCCCUUUUUGACCAGUAAUGUAACUUGACUUGUCAGUUUAAUAUUCUACAAAUGUAAUUUUUAGGAAAGCUACUUCUUCAUUUCUAAGUGUUAUCAUAAAUUAACUCAAUGCAUAGGACAAUAUUUUUUCAUACAUUUAAGUUUUCUAACAAUAAUUAGGUAACCGUCAAGGGGUUAAGAGCAGCACAGCUGAGGAAUGAACAAUGAUUCAAUUUAAAUAAUAAUAUUAGCACACUAAACACUAAACCGAAAAAUAAAAAAAUAGUUCUUAUCCAACCCGUUUUAAAGAUCUUUAGUAGACCGAAGAUUACAAUAUCCACAGAUUAAGAGAUUUUUUACAUAAGUAGCAUCUAUGUUUUUUUUUAAAUGUCAUGUUAAACUAAGCUUCAUACUGUAUAGGUACAGCUAUAGAUAGGUAAGUGUAAUUAUUAUAGAGUAAUAAUUUUAGUAAGCAAUAAUUAGCUAGUCAGCACUUUAUCGUUUUUAAUUUUAGCAAUAUCAAUAGUCUACAAGGACUAUUUCAUAAAAGGCAAGCGUAGUUGAAAUUGUAUAGAGCCACCGAUUUAAAAUUACCUCAACAAUGUUUAAAUUAUUUUCAAAUAUAUUAUGAUAAAUCAUUACCGCUGGAAAA